GCAAUUUAUCGUCUUUAAGCAAGUUUCCUUUGUUUAUUGAUACAGUUGGAUACCGAAUUUGGAAUACGAUGAUCAGCAUACUUAUUUUUAGUAAAGUUUGGACCCUUGGACAUUUUGAAUUUGGUCAGACAGUUUCGCAGUAGGCAAUGGGCUGUUUAUGUUAAGCAUUUUAACAUAGCAGCUAAAACUCUCGUCCGCUUGAGAGCAAUUGACCUAAAUUACAAAAUGGAGCACCUCGACCCCCAUGGAAACUUCUCUGUCUCUGGUAGCGUAGACGAUGCAAAGGUCCUCUCCCGGAGCGGCUACACCACACUGGCCGUUAUCAUGGGCGUCUUCUCUAUUUUGGGGAUCAUUCUCAACAUUCUGGUGAUUGUGGUGACAGUGAGACACAAACAGCUGAGGCAGCCACUCAGCUACGCUCUGGUCAGCCUGGCUGUAUGUGACCUGGGCUGUGCUGUGUUUGGAGGUUUGCCCACCACAGUGACCACCGCCAUGGGAUACUUCAGCUUUGGACGACUGGGAUGCAUUUUGGAAGGCUUUGCUGUGGCCUUUUUUGGUAUAGCAAGCCUGUGUACGAUCGGAGUCAUUUCUGUGGAGCGCUACAUAGUGGUGUGCUAUCCAAUGGGUGCCGCCCUCUUCCAGACCAGGCAUGCAAUCGCGGGCGUGGUGCUGUCUUGGGUGUGGUCCUUUGUGUGGAAUACUCCACCUUUGUUCGGUUGGGGCAGUUUUGAGCUGGAGGGCAUCAAAACCUCCUGCGCACCCAACUGGUACAGCCGGGACGCAGGCAAUAUGUCCUAUAUAGUCAUUUACUUUUUACUUUGCUUUGCUCUGCCCUUUUCCAUCAUUGCGGUGUCUUACCUGCGGCUGUUGUGGACCCUCCGGCAGGUGACCAAGCGGCAGGUGUCCGAAGCUGGCAGCACACACCGUAUGGAAGUGCAAGUGGCACGUAUGGUUGUCGCCAUGGUGCUUGCUUUCCUGGUGACUUGGCUGCCGUAUGCCAGCAUGGCCCUGGCUGUCGUCAUAGAUCCCACGCUCAAAAUCGAUCCUCUAAUUGCUACCAUACCAGUCUACUUUGCAAAAAGCAGCACUGUUUAUAACCCCAUUAUUUACAUUUUCAUGAACAGACAGUUUCGAACGUAUGCUGUUCCGACAAUCCUGUGUGGAUGGAACCCCUGUGCCUCGGAGGCACAAAUAUCCGAGGUCGAGCCAACAGUUACUUGUGCUCACAAAAACCAAAUGGAUCCCUGAAAGAAUUAUACGCUCACCAGACGUAUCAUUACGUAGACCAGGGCAACAUAUUGAGCUCCGGUUUAGAGCUUUUCCAAAUCAUAACAAUGUACUGAUUGUGUUUCCUCUGUAACAAGGGUAAUAUAAUUUGCAGUGAUGUACAACUGCAUUGCAGCAACCAAAAACUGUUGGUUUUGGCCAGUAAAAACUGGCUGCAGAGUAAAAUCCUGUGGAUGUAAAAGUCUACACACCCCUGGUUAAAUGGCAGGUUUUUGUGACAUUAAAAAAAUGAUAUAAGAUAAAUCAUAUCAAAAUCUACCAAACAAGUGGAAAAAUAUUUUAAGGUCCGUUAUCAGUCAUGCUUUGAAAUUAUAUAUUUAUUUUUACUACAACACGUAUUUGGCAUAUGGGACAGGGGUGUGUACACUGUAUAUCACAGUAUAUAACUAAAAACAGGAAAUUCUUGUCCACCAUCCGGCGUCUCAGGAGGGGGAAGCAGUGCAC